AUACCCCCAUCCCUCUAACUUCUUUGGUCGCCCAUCUUUCCGGCCUGCCGUCCGCCCUUUCACGUCUUUGGUCUCCCAUCCUCCCUACUGUGCUCCAUAGCUCUAUACACUGGCCAUGAAAUACGCACAAGCAAUUGGGCAGAUCGGACGGCUGCCUUGAUGUUCCACCCAUACCUCCAAUAGUCCCAUCACUGCUCUACUGUGUGUCACCUUCGACUGCAGUCUUGCCGCUCCACCGUCACUUCCGCCAACUGCUUCAAUUUCAAAAAGAAAAAGGAAGAAACCUGGGGUCUCUACCUUCUAAUCCAACAUGUGCCUUCAAUUGCCGCUCUUUACUCCGUCAUUGCUAUAGGAUGUCGCCAUCUCCAUCUUCAUCUAAGAUCUAGAUUGGAAUCAUCAGAUCUGUAGAGAUAUGAUACCUCUUCAUCAGAUCUGUGUAUAAUGAUGAUACUGCAAGUUGUCGUCGUCUCUGCCCUCGUGGACUGUGUCUUCCUCGCAUCUGUCCUCCUGGUCUGUGUCCUAUUCAAACGCCUCUUCUCUGCCGCCAGUGGUCUGCCAUCAAGGUUUGGGUGCAAUGGCGUUGCAAAUUGUUUGUGCAGACCACUUCCAAGCAUAAUACACAUGUUAUUCCGAGCUUCGAAAAUCGGUUGACAUCAUCAAACAGAAACUCACACCUUCAGACUUGAAUCGCUUCGCUUCAAGACAGAGUCCCAUUUUGGCCACCUUCUUGAGUCCCCGCCAUUGCAGUUCUCAGGCCAACUCAUACAUCUGUUGCUCAUGCAUCUGACAAGAGAAUAGGUAGAGGAUGAACUACGAUUCAACAUAAAUGGUUCGAUAUUGAAAUUUGAUUUUGGGGAAUGGUGUCGCAUAAGUGGAAUGACCUCUACCAAGGUUUAUAGAGAGGAAGGUGGGGAUGAGGGUGACAAUUUAGCCUCAGGGAGAAUUCGAAAGAAAUCUUUAGGAAAUGA